AUGGAGGGAAGCAGUAGUAAGGUGGUGGUGGUGGUGGCCAAUGAGAGGAAGACAAGUGGUGGAGGUGGAAUCCGGAUUGGGAAUCCGUUUACUUUGAAAAUGGGUCAAGUAUUUACUGGCUUUGGCAUUGGCUGCGGUGUUGGUAUCGGCGUUGGCCGCCCCAUUAAUUUAGGUGCAGUACCUGUAGUGAAUCAAGUCAUGGGUGCCACAAGAGGUGCCACUGAUGCUUUUUCGGGAGUUAGCAGACAUGUUACUGAUGCCUUGAGGAAGGUGGGAGCAAAGAACAUAGAAGCUGGCAUUGGAUGUGGUGUUGGUUUUGGACAUGGUUUUGGAGUUGGCCUUGCUCUGAAGCCAGGAAUUUUGCAACAAAUUCAACUAUUUUCUUUAGUAAGUAUUACGUUUUUUUUUUCAUGUGUUAUUUCCCAUCAGAGCCUACAACUGUGCUUCUUACUCAAUAUUCUACAGCAAAAAAUGACAAAAUUUGGAAUUGCUCCCAAUUCACCAAUGCUUCAAGGUGCCAUUCCAAGCUCUUUGCAAAGUGGCAUUGGCAUUAUGAAUGAUUCAUCAAGCCAAAAUACAGUGGGAAAUAUCAUGCAAAUGGAAACAAACCCACCAGACUACGCAACUCAAGGCCUGCCUGGAUAUGGAAGUAAGGGUACAGGUGCAACUUAUGCUAAUUUCACAUCAACAAGCUUUCCAGUUGAAACACCUUUUGGCAGUCGAACAGAGAAGGUUCUCAGAAGCUGUUUACAGAGUCCAGUUUUGAAGGGAGAGGAAAGUGAAUCAAGUGAAGUGGCUGGACGCUUGAGGUCAGAGAAUAAAAUCCUUCAAAUGGUAUUGAAACACCAGCAAAUCAUUGACAAUCUCACUGUAGAGAAUGAGAAGCUUCGGCAUAUACUAGUGGAAGACCUGAAAGUACCACCUAGCAAGCUGCAAACUCCUUAUACAAGUAAAAUCAGAUCUCCAUGUUCAGAUUGCUUUGAAUGCAGAAGAAAACAAAGGAGAAGAUAG